AUGGAUUCUCUCUCAUCAUUGGUUCUCAGAACCAUUCCUGAGCACUCGGAACCAUCACCCGCCAUAGAAUUCCCUCCGUCUCCUCCUGCCACAGCAAAGCCUUCUCGAAUAAAUAGUUUCCAAGACUUACAAGACCUACCGCCGACCCAGUUCCCCAAGCGGUAUCCCUUACCUCCAAACUUCCGAGCGAAAGAUGUUCUACCCGAAGACCUCAAAACCCCAGAUAGCCACGUCAAGCGAGAUCCACGCCUAAUACGUCUUACCGGUGUCCAUCCUUUCAACGUCGAGGCCCCCCUGAGCGACUUAUACGACGAAGGCUUCCUGACAAGCGAGGACCUUCAUUAUGUUCGCAAUCAUGGCGGUGUGCCCAAGUGUGAAGACGAGGACCAGUUGGACUGGGAGUUCUCAGUUGAGGGCAUGGUAGAAAAUCCCAUCUCGAUGAGCGUGAGGGAUCUCAUCCGCGACUAUGAGCAGGCUACCUAUCCCGUGACGCUCGUCUGUGCUGGCAACCGUCGGAAAGAACAGAAUAUGGUGCGAAAGACGAAGGGUUUCUCAUGGGGUGCUGCCGGCUUAUCAACCGCUCUAUGGACUGGUGUCCCGAUCGGCGACUUGUUGGCUGCUGCACGCCCAAAGCGAGGCGCCAGAUUUGUCUGCUUCGAAGGCGCUGACAAGCUGCCCAACGGCUACUAUGGAACAUCGAUCAAGCUGAACUGGUGCAUGGAUCCCAAUCGAGGCGUCAUGGUGGCCCACAGGAUGAACGGCGAGGCGCUUCAUCCAGACCACGGGAAGCCCGUUCGUAUCAUCAUCCCUGGUCAGAUUGGUGGAAGGAGCGUUAAGUGGUUGAAGAGGAUAAUCGUUACCUCUGAGCCCAGCGAUAGCUGGUACCACAUCUUCGACAACCGCGUGCUUCCCACGAUGGUUACACCUGAGGCGAGUGCCGACUUGCCGGAUGUAUGGAGGGACGAGAGGUAUGCCAUUUACGACCUUAAUGUCAACAGCGCGAUAUGCUACCCCGGCCACGACGAGAAACUUCUCCUGGUGGACGCCCCAACUACGUACACCGCAAGGGGCUACGCCUACAGUGGUGGUGGAAGGCGAGUCACAAGAGUAGAAGUCACCCUAGAUAAGGGAAAGUCAUGGAGGCUGGCAAAUAUCAACUACCCCGAGGAUGAGUAUCGACUUGCUCCAGAUGGCGAUACCUUGUUUGGCGGCAAGGUAGACAUGUGGUGGCGGGAGACGUGCUUCUGUUGGUGUUUCUGGGAACUCGAUAUUCCACUUGAGGAGCUCCGAGAAACGGACGACAUAAUGAUCCGCGCAAUGGAUGAGUCGAUGAUGGUUCAGCCUCGAGACAUGUACUGGAGCGUUCUGGGCAUGAUGAAUAACCCAUGGUUCCGAGUGGUGAUCCACAAGGAAGCCCACUCCCUGCGGUUCGAGCACCCUACACAACCUGCACUAAUACCGGGCGGUUGGAUGGAUCGAGUCAAAAAGUCUGGUGGAAACCUCGCCAACGGCUUUUGGGGCGAAAAGGUGUCGGGUGAGGCAGAUGAGGUUGUGGAGCAGACGCCAGAAAAGGAGAUCUGCAUGACCAACCCCAAGGUCGACCGAGCAAUCAGUGCUACAGAGCUUAAGCAACACGACGGCGAUGUCGAGCCCUGGUUUGUCGUCAACGGCCAAGUGUACGAUGGCACGGCCUUCUUAGAGGGCCAUCCCGGUGGCGCGGCGUCUAUCUUCGGGGCCGCUGGCCAGGAUGUGACGGAGGAGUUUGUCGCCAUUCAUAGCGAAAACGCCAAGGCAAUGAUGCCAGACUACCACGUUGGCACCCUCGACGAAGCCUCCCGAGCUGCCCUUGGGGACGGCGACGACUCCCAGGAAAGUGAUAAUACCCGCCCCAUCUUCCUACAGUCCAAGACAUGGAGCAAGGCCAUCCUCGAUCGCAAGGACACCAUCUCCUCGGACACAAAGAUCUUCUCUUUCCGGCUCGACCACGACGCCCAACAAGUCGGCCUCCCGACGGGCCAGCACCUCAUGAUGCGCCUCCGUGACCCCGUCACCCGCGAAGCUAUCCUCCGCGCGUAUACCCCCUACUCGGACGGCGCGCAGUGCGGUCGCCUUGAUGUACUCAUUAAGAUAUAUCGUGAUGAACCCGGCCGACCCGGCGGCAAAAUGACACAGUCGCUGGACGGCCUCCCGCUCGGCCACUUCGUUGAGUUUAAGGGCCCUGUGGGCAAGUUCGAGUACCUGGGCCGGGGCGCAUGCUCCAUCGGCAGUCGCACUCGCCAUGUUCGCCGCUUCGUCAUGAUCUGCGGCGGCUCCGGCAUCACGCCGAUUCGACAGGUAUUAUGCGCCGUGUUGCGUGACGCCGAGGACCCGACCGAGUGUCUCGUGUUAAACGGCAACCGCGCCGAGGAGGACAUUCUGUGCAAGGCGGAGCUCGACGCCCUCGCCGAGGCAAACCCGGGCCGCUGCCGGAUCAUCCACGCCCUCACCAAGCCACCAUCAUCGUGGACGGGCGUUACUGGUCGGUUGAGCCAGGCGUUGUAUGAAAAGGAGGUGGGAAGGCCGGCAUCCAACGACACAGGGGACGAGUUGGUGCUUGUGUGCGGACCUGGACCAAUGGAAAAGAGCGCGAGAGAGAUCUUCUCGAGUAUGGGAUGGAAGGAAGAUGACCUCAUCUUCUUCUAA